AUGGGUACAGAAAUCGAACAAAGUAAGGACGAUGGAUUGAAGAAAGGGGCAGGAAUUAAGCAAAUUAAAGACGAUGGAUUGAAGAAACUUGAAUACUUGUCCUUAGUUUCGAAGGUUUGCACCGAACUCGAGACCCAUUUAGGGUUUGGAGAUAAGGUUUUAGCGGAAUUUAUUACCGAGAUGGGUCGAAAAUGCGAAACAGUGGAUGAUUUUGAUGCCAAAUUGAAAGAGAAUGGGGCGGAGAUGCCUGAUUAUUUUGUGAGAACUCUUCUUACGAUUAUUCACGCCAUUUUGCCGCCGAGAACGAAAGAGAAAUCGGAAAUUGGCUCGAAGGAGGGGGAUAAAUCGGGGUUCUCAGCCUUGAAAAUUAAGGACAGCAGGGAUAGGGUGAAGGAACUGGAGAGGGAGAUUGAAGAGGAAGCUAGGAAGCAGAUCCAUGGAGAGGAAGAAGAGAAGGGAAAGCAUAGGGACAGCCAUCGAGAUAGAAGAGAGAGGAGAAGGGACAGAGACAGAGAUAGAGACAGAGACAGAGAUAGAGAUAGAGAGAGGGGUAGAUAUGAGGACAGGGAUGGUUAUGGUGAUUAUAAUGAUAGAGGAAGGGACAGGCAGAGGGACAGGGAUAAGGACAGGGACAUGGGUAGAUAUGAGAGGAACACAAAAGAUGGAUAUGAGGAAGGGAGGGAGGAUGAGAGGAAGGAAAGGAGGAAAGAGAGUUAUAGUAGAUCGAAUGAACCUGAAUUGUACACGGUAUAUAAGGGGAGAGUUUCAAGGGUGAUGGAUACAGGCUGUUUUGUUCAGCUUGAUGAGUUAAAAGGGAAGGAAGGUUUGGUACAUGUAUCCCAGAUUGCAACUAGGAGGAUUACAAAUGCUAAGGAUGUGGUGAAGCGAGACCAGGAGGUCUAUGUAAAGGUGAUCUCAGUGAGUGGGAAUAAAUUGAGUUUGUCAAUGAGGGACGUGGAUCAGAAUAGUGGAAAGGAUUUAUUGCCGUUGAAGAGGAGUGGGGAGGACGAAGGGUUUAGAACGAAUCCUUCUGGCGGCAAUGGUGGGGGUACGGGGAGUAGGAUUGGUAUUUCAGGGAUUAAGAUUACGGAGGAGAACGACAUUGUUCCAUCGCGGCGUCCAUUGAAGAGGAUGAGUUCGCCUGAGAGAUGGGAGGCAAAGCAGCUGAUUGCUUCAGGUGUUAUGAGCGUGAAGGAGUAUCCAAUGUAUGAUGAAGAUGGAGAUGGAAUGCUCUAUCAGGAAGAAGGUGGUGCAGAAGAGGAGCUUGAGAUUGAAUUGAAUGAGGAUGAGCCGGCUUUCUUAAAUGGCCAGACUCGUUAUUCUAUCGAUAUGUCUCCUGUGAAAAUAUUCAAGAAUCCUGAGGGGUCUUUGAGUCGUGCGGCAGCACUUCAGUCUGCUCUGAUAAAGGAGAGGAGAGAAGUGAGAGAACAACAACAAAGAACAAUGCUGGAUUCGAUUCCGAAGGAUUUGAAUCGGCCUUGGGAAGACCCAAUGCCAGAGACCGGUGAGCGGCAUCUUGCUCAGGAGCUAAGGGGUGUUGGUUUGUCUGCAUAUGAUAUGCCAGAGUGGAAGAAGGAUGCAUAUGGUAAAGCCCUUACUUUUGGCCAAAGAUCAAAGCUGUCCAUUCAGGAACAGAGGCAGAGCUUGCCAAUAUACAAGUUGAAGAAUGAACUAGUUCAAGCUGUUCAUGAAAAUCAGGUUCUAGUUGUCAUUGGUGAGACAGGUUCUGGAAAGACUACACAGGUUACCCAGUAUCUAGCUGAGGCAGGGUACACAGCCAAAGGCAAAAUUGGAUGCACUCAACCUCGUAGAGUGGCUGCAAUGUCUGUAGCUAAGAGAGUUGCCGAGGAAUUUGGUUGUCGUUUAGGGGAAGAAGUUGGAUAUGCUAUUCGUUUUGAGGAUUGUACAGGGCCAGAGACUGUGAUCAAGUAUAUGACUGAUGGUAUGCUUCUCAGGGAAAUUCUGAUUGAUGAGAAUUUGACACAGUAUUCGGUGAUAAUGCUUGAUGAAGCUCAUGAGAGGACAAUUCAUACUGAUGUUCUUUUCGGACUGCUAAAAAAACUUGUGAAACGGAGACCUGACCUCCGUCUGAUUGUUACAUCUGCAACGUUGGAUGCAGAGAAAUUUUCUGGGUAUUUCUUCAACUGCAACAUCUUCACAAUUCCUGGAAGAACUUUCCCUGUAGAAAUAUUGUACACCAAGCAGCCGGAGAGUGACUACCUUGAUGCAUCUCUCAUCACUGUCAUGCAGAUUCACUUGACAGAACCAGAGGGCGACGUCCUUCUCUUCUUGACUGGUCAGGAGGAGAUUGAUUAUGCAUGUCAAUGUCUCUAUGAAAGGAUGAAAGGUCUAGGUAAAAAUGUUCCUGAGCUGAUUAUCUUACCAGUGUACAGUGCCCUUCCUAGCGAAAUGCAAUCCAGGAUAUUUGAUCCUGCUCCUCCAGGGAAGAGAAAAGUUGUUGUUGCUACCAACAUUGCUGAAGCUUCUUUGACAAUUGAUGGUAUUUUUUAUGUUAUCGAUCCGGGUUUUGCAAAGCAAAAUGUCUACAAUCCUAAACAGGGGCUCGACUCACUGGUGAUUACUCCAAUAUCUCAAGCAUCAGCCAAGCAAAGAGCUGGGCGAGCAGGACGUACAGGGCCAGGAAAGUGCUAUCGCCUCUAUACUGAGAGUGCUUUCCAUAAUGAGAUGUCCCCCACGUCGAUUCCAGAGAUCCAGAGGAUCAAUCUUGGGAUGACUACCCUAACUAUGAAAGCUAUGGGUAUCAACGAUCUGUUAUCUUUUGACUUUAUGGACCCACCUUCUCCUCAAGCUCUCAUUUCUGCCAUGGAACAGCUGUACAGUUUAGGAGCUCUAGAUGAAGAGGGGCUUCUGACUAAGUUGGGUAGGAAAAUGGCCGAAUUUCCGUUGGAACCUCCACUAUCUAAGAUGCUUCUUGCCAGUGUAGAUCUCGGUUGUAGUGAUGAGAUUUUGACUAUCAUUGCAAUGAUUCAGACAGGAAACAUCUUUUACCGACCUAGGGAAAAACAAGCUCAAGCAGAUCAAAAAAGGGCAAAAUUUUUCCAGCCCGAGGGAGACCAUCUGACACUACUUGCUGUUUAUGAGGCAUGGAAAGCAAAAAAUUUCUCGGGACCAUGGUGCUUUGAAAACUUUGUCCAGUCUCGAUCAUUGAGGAGGGCACAGGAUGUCAGGAAACAACUUCUCUCAAUCAUGGACAAGUACAAAUUGGAUGUUGUCUCUGCUGGGAAAAAUUUUACAAAGAUAAGGAAGGCUAUUGCAGCAGGGUUCUUUUUCCAUGCAGCGAGGAAGGAUCCACAAGAAGGUUAUAGAACACUUGUUGAGAAUCAGCCAGUUUAUAUACAUCCAAGCAGUGCUCUCUUCCAAAGACAACCAGACUGGGUUAUUUACCAUGAGCUGGUUAUGACUACAAAGGAGUAUAUGCGCGAGGUCACAGUCGUAGAUCCCAAGUGGCUUGUUGAACUGGCACCAAGAUUCUUCAAGGGCUUAACACGUGCUUCUUUUACAUUACUGUUGGCGCUUGGGAUUUUUGUUGGAUUUCUGAUUUUUCAUGUUGCAGUAAGUUAUUAUGUACCAAGGAUAGCAAGACGGAUGGGAUUAGAUUGCAAGGAUUAUAAUUCCAAUUAUGCAGUACCCGAGCACACAGAAUCCGCUCCACUUCUAUACAAAACAAAAGGGUUGAAAACCUUCUGGUCUUGGAGUAAAAGAAAGAAAAGCAGCAGUCCAAGGAAGAUCUGCUCAUCAUCACUUGUAUACUUCGAAAUGACGACAAAAUCGAUCUCUAGCCCUGUACCAGACGCAUGGUACCCAACCCUUGCCGUUUUCAUGCUCGCUAUAGGUCUCGUUGUCACUGCAUCUUUCUUCAUCUAUGAAGCUACUACCUCUAGGAAGAAUCGCAGUCUCUUGAAGGAGCUCACUACAGGGGCGGUGGCAUCUGUCUUCUUGGGUUUUGGAUCCUUGUUUUUGCUACUUGCUUCCGGCAUCUAUGUUUGA